AUGACUUUGGAGGUAUGGCCACGAAAUUACUCAUCUGUGGCGGAGGGUCAUAACCAUGAAAUAUGGAGAGGGGAAGGGGGUUGGAGUACUAGAGUUUGUAGAAGGGCUCCUGGUUAUGGUUUAUGGCGGAGUAUUAGUGAAGGAUGGGAAAGUUUUUCUAAGUAUUUGUCUUUUGUGGUGGGGGAUGGUUCUCAUAUUCUUUUUUGGCAUGAUAAGUGGACUGGGGAUAAUUCUCUUAAAACUCUUUAUCCUCAUUAUUUAUGUGUUCAGCCAAUAAGAAAAGCUUGUAUUUCUGAAGUGUUAAGUCCUCCAAUUGGUGAUAAUGAUAGAGUGUGGAGUUUAAGAUUUUAUAGGGAAUUCAAUGAUUGGGAGUUAGCAGCUUCCUACUCCCUGCUUCAUUUCAUCCAAUCUCGGAUUCUUAUGGGUGGAAGUUGUGACAAUCUUUGUUGGUGUCUUAAUGGAAGUGGGAAGUUUGACAUUCGGUCUUUUUAUCAUAAGAUUCGAAAUGCAACUCCUUCUACUUUGCCUUGGAAGGGCAUUUGGAAAGUUAAGGUUCCUAAAAGAGUGGCAUUCUUAAUGUGGACAACAACUCAUGGUCAGAUUCUAACUUUGGAUAAUCUUAUACUUCAUGGUUACUCUUUGGCGAAUAGUUGUUGUAUGUGCUGUUGUAAUGAAGAAUCUAUGGAUCACCUGCUAAUUUUUUGCUCGGUAGCUCAUUCUUUAUGGAUGUAUAUGAUUCGGUUGUUUGGGAUCAAUUGGGUCAUGCCAGGUUCAGUUGCGGACUUAUUAUUUUGUUGGUAUCAUUUGCUUGGGAAGCAUAAUUUUGAUAUUUGGAAUUUGGUUCCAGACUCUUUAAUGUGGACUAUUUGGACUGAAUGA